AUGCAAGCACUGCUGUGGGACAUGGACGGCGUCCUCGCCGAGGUCUCGCGCUCGUACCGCGCCGCGAUCCUCCAGUCAGCAGCGGCCUUUGGCGCGACCGUCACGGACGCUGACGUCGAGGCGGCCAAGCUCGCAGGUGACGCGAACAACGACUGGGUUCUCACGCACCGCCUCGUGCAUACCAAGGUGCCAUCGAGCACGGUGACACUGGCCGAGAUUACAGCCAAGUUUGAGGAAAUCUAUCAGGGCACAGCGACAACGCCGGGCCUCUGCAGCCUCGAGACACUCAUCACCACGAAAGGCCUCCUCCUCGAGCUUCAUCGGCGACUACCCAAGGGCAUGGCCAUUGUGACCGGACGCCCGCGCAAGGAUUGCGACAAGUUCCUACGCGACCAUGCACUCGAAGCCCUUUUUCCUGUCCGCGUUUGCAUGGAAGACUGCCCGCCCAAGCCAUCGCCAGCCCCGAUCCUUCUUGCGCUGCAGCAAAUGAACGUGGCGGCGUGCGAGGUUGCCAUGCUUGGGGAUACCGUCGACGACAUUACCGCCGCGGUGCGCGCCUCCGUCCUUGCCUACGGCGUGCUCACGCCGGGAGCCUACGCGACUGCAGUUCUCACACACACGGCGGCGCCCAUUGCGGACAAGCUAUUGGCCGUCGGUGCCAAGAAGGUGCUUCGCCCAGGCUGCGACGAGCUUCUCGACGAAAUUCCGCUCCAGACCAAUCGGACCUUUUCGACGCGCCGCAUUGGCACGAUCCACCGACAGACAAAGGAGACGUCGAUCGAUGUCGUGCUCGACCUCGACGGCAACGGGUCGUCCAACAUCAGCACUGGCAUUGGCUUCCUGGACCACAUGCUGGAUGCCGUGGCCAAACACGGCCGCUUCAACCUCGAGCUCACGUGCAAGGGCGACACGUGGAUCGACGACCACCACACCGCCGAAGACUGCGGCCUUGCGCUCGGCGAGGCCCUCGACAGCGCCCUCGGGCCGCGCAAAGACAUUGCCCGCUUCGGGUCGGCGCUCGUCCCGCUUGACGAAGCGCUGGCCCGUGUCAUCGUCGACAUUUCGAGCCGCGGCUGCAGUGCCGUCGCGCUCGAUUUGCGGCGACCGAGCAUCGGGACGCUCUCGACCGAAAUGAUUUCGCAUUUCUUCGUGUCGUUUGCGAGUGCCGCGCGCCUCACGCUGCACGUGGACGUGAUCAAGGGCGAGAACGACCACCACAAGGCCGAAGCCGCUUUCAAAGCCUUUGCCCGCGCCUUGCGGCAGGCCGUCGCGUUCGACCCGACCGCCGGUGUGCCCAGUACAAAAGGCAUGCUUGCCUAG